CUGCUGCUCUGGUAACCUCUCACCUAAAUCAUCCUCGCGCACGGCGGACACGCUGCAGCCUGAUAUCCGUGCGCUCGCUGCUCGGCCCAGCUGUCACCCCCGGCAUUGGUCCAGCGAGCAGACACACGUAGGCGCGUAUCCGACCGAGCGACCAACCCCCUUUUCUCCACCCGGCGGCGGCAGACUGAGGAGCCGGCGAACGGAGCAGAGCGGAGCGGCGGGACGGGCCAGGCUCGGAGACACAGAACCCCCCCCCCCCCGGCUGCUGCAGCUCGGACGGGACGAGGAGCAGGGAGGAGGUCUCCACCGAUCGAGGAGGUGUGACAUUGUGCUGAGUCCCCUCUCUGUAUGCAGCAGCACCAUGGCAGCUAUGGGACCUGAGUUCGGAGCUGGAGCAGGACCAGGACCAGGACCAGCAAUGACGGCAUCACACACCCCGGGGCUACAGGCCUGCGUCUCUACGACAGCACACAACAUCAACAGGCCUGACCUGCAGCAGACUCUGGUUAGCACGCAGAGCUGUGUCCAGGCUGAGAAAGCGUUCAUAGAGAGUGGCCAUCACAAGAACAAAACAUCAGCCCACCUGCAGAGGGAGGCUGAGCGAGGCUGGCGCAACCUGACCACUCCCCUGCAAACUGUCAGACCCACAACGCACCUGAAAAACAUGUCGGCUCCUAGAGAGGCACCAUACAGCUUCCGCAGUCCAGAGUCAGUGGAGAUGGACGAGAUCAUGGCCGCCAUGGUUCUGACCAGCCUGUCCUGCAGCCCUGCGGUCCAGAGUCCUCCACAGAUGGAUCCUGGACCAGCUGGCUCGUCAUCGUCAGCUGACAUGGAGUGUGGCGGCGGCGAGCUCUCUGACAGCGGCAGCAGCGGCUACUGGAGCUGGGACCAUGGCAACUCCAGCCCCACCCCGUCGCCGUUUGUCACUGAGAUGGACAGCAGCCCCGACGAAGGCCUGCACAUGGAGCUGGAGCAAGGAGAGGAGCUUAACGCCAAAAAGCCAAAGAGCUCUUUCCGAGGUGUGUACAAGUGUCUGUGGCCCAGUUGUGGCAAAGUGCUCACGUCUUCAGUCGGAAUAAAGCGACAUAUCCGUGUGCUGCAUCUGGGUAGUGGAUCGGAUCAGUCCCAGAGAGAGGAGGACUUCUACUACACCAAGAUCUCCUGUGAGAGUGUGGAUGCCAGCGCCGCUCCAGCUCCUUCCCAGCAGCCUGUGGGCCAGGCCUCGUCCUCUCAGCUCAGCUGGGCCUCCUGUGCUUCUCCUCCGUGCUCCGAGCUCCAGUUCCCCCAGGCUCACAGGCCCAGGUCCAACUCCAGCUCUGGGCCGGGCGCUACCAGGCCCAGCUCACUCAGCCAGUCAGCCCCGAGCAGCUUCUGGCAGAUCCACUCAGAGCAUCUCUAUCAGGCCUGCAGCCCCGUCCAGGUACUUGUGGCCCCCAGGAGCCCCGGCUGCCAGGGGUGGACGCCCAUUGCCUCUGUGUCAGGCCACAGCAACACUCCAAUGGUGAAACCUCGCUGCCGCUCUGUGAGCGUUGGGGAACAGUGGCUCCAACAGAACAGGCUGCAGCCGAUGAGCGCGUCGCCCUCCCGCACUCACUGCUCCUUCAGGAAGGGUCGCGGCGAGGCCAAAAAGUGCCGCAAGGUGUACGGAGUGGAGCGUAAAGAUCAGUGGUGCACGGCCUGCCGCUGGAAAAAAGCCUGCCAGCGCUUCCCCGACUAAAAAACAGAUCUGUGUGAUGAAGAGAGAGGGUGAGAGACAAAGCGGUGGAUGGACGGAUGAGUGAGAGAAAGACUUUUAUCAAAAAGAGGAUUCAAAUCAGGGCCCGGGAGCCAUCGAGAAAAACAACUGUUCUUUUAUUACAUGUGUUCUGAUUUUUUUUACUUUCACCCCGUUUUGUUUCUUUCCUAAAAGAAUGCAAAUCCAAUUUUAUGUAUCUUUGUAAGUUGAUCCUGAAAAGUGAAGUGUGCGACGGUGCUAACUGUUGACUGAGUUUGACCAUGUGAUGUGCUAAGCGUCCAGUACUUAUCCAAAGGUCAUAUUACUGCCCCUGUAGCUCCGAGUUGUUAGACCGCUACUUGGCUGUUUUCUUCGUUCCAACCCUCUCUUCCAGUGGUUACACAGUGUUUAUGCUGUACAUUAUAUUGUAUGCUUUGAGUUACAUACAAGUAUUUUAUACCUUUUUUUUAAUUGUCUUGUUCAGCCUGUGUAUUGGGCAGAUUUUUUGGCACUUUGUUGGUAUAUAAACUCACAGGAAUAAGCUACAUUUGGUUUGAAUCAACGAAGCUCCUUCCAAGAAAUGGAUUUCCUUCCUGCCCGUGUUGUCGGCAAAUGACCAGUGUUGUGAGGCUUUACCCGUGAAGCUAUGGAGUCAGGGAGUAAUGGGACUAGCGUGAGGAGAAUGAGUUUGUAAUAGCAAUAAAAGAAAAAAAAAGGAAAUAUAUUGUCAAACACAUUAAAAAGCACUGAGAAUUUGAAACUUUUUUGGUGUUUUUUCUUCUGCAUGACAGUCCACAAAAGAAAUAGCAAACUAUUUUAUUGUAGUUUUCUCUAUACACACUUUGUAUGACGACUCAGAACAAUGGUUAAUGUUAUAAAUGUGGUCUGAAAUGUACACUGUAUUCACAAAGUCAGUUUCUGUAUGGGGAGUUUGACAGAGAGCCAGCGCAUACAUGCACGUGCACACUCGCACCCUCACACACACACUCUCUGCACUCACCCACACACAUACAUUAUUACAUCUCUUAAUCAAACACAAGUAAACACUAUUAAGAUGCAAAAGAAUGGAUGUAACUUGCUUGUGGAGGAAAAAUAUCGUGAUGGCAUCUUUUUUUAAUCACCGGAGCAGAAACAAUCCUUUUCUGAAUAAAUCGUUGACAUGCACAGUUCAUUCUACUCCUCUGUUGUUAAACGGUACAUUAAGAUAGUGGUUGUCAUUUUCUUACAAACCUUUCCCAUCCUACGCUGCAGUGCACAGCCAAUGACCCCGGAAGUUUACAAGAACAAAGUGACAUGAGCAGCUCGUCAAAAAGGAAUGUUUGAGGACUGACUGAAAAUUUGUUGCCAAAUUGGAAUUAUUGCUCCCUCAUUUCCAUGGUUACACAGUAAGUUUGAGACUUUGUGAAAAUUAUUAGAAAGGAAGUCAGAAAUUGUUUGCUGAAUUUGUUUUUUGUGCCAUUAUUUGCCAGUUUCAUGUAAUUUUACUGAAGAGAAAAGAUCAAACUUCUGUUUGUUUUUAUGGCUGUACCUAAUUCAUUUAGGAUAAAUUGUAAUAAUUUAUAUUUAUUAAUAUGUAUUUGUAUUAUUUGUCUUCAAGUGUUGUCGUUUCCUUAAGGGCACGUUCAAAAUAAAACAGGGGAGGGUAGUAAGUUCAACACCCCUCCCUUCUUGAAUAAUUUUUGUACAGUUCCUUGGAUUGUUGGCAAAUAUGAUCAAUUAUGA